AUGUAUGUGAGGACUAUGAUCUCGUUAGAUUCUUAUUCGAAUGAGUUCAAAGUUAUAUCAUCAAUAUUGACCUUUGAAUUCAGAUAAUACUUGAUCUCCAAGAAACCUAAAAAUUUGAAUGAGCUCUAUGAUAUUUUUGAGAAGAAUUUCGUAGAGGAUAUGCAAGAUAAUUAAAAGAGCACACUCGCUUAACAGUAAGAACAAAACAUGGUAAUAUUUAUGGCUAAGUAUGGGAAGUAUAUUGUUGAUGAAAUGAACCAUUAUCAUGAAUAGGAAAAGAUUUUUUCAAAAUUAAACCUAGGUGAAUCAGUUAAAAAAUCAAAAUAGUUUAUUGACUCGAAAACUACAUCUACAACAAAAAAUUCUGCAGAAAAAAGAUAGAAAGCUUCAAUUAAGGCUUCUAGGAAUAAAAAAAAUUAGUCCAAAUAAAAGCCUGAAUAAAAGGAAGUAGAAGUAAUUACAAUAGAAGACUAAGAAGAGUAAGAAUAUGAUUCAAAAGAUGAUUCAGAAGAGGCUGAAGAGGAGGAUAAUGAAAUAGAAUCAUUAGAAGACAACAAAAUCUAACUAUAAGAAAAUGAAUAUGAAUUUGAAGAGGAUGAAUUGGCUGCAUUUAUAGAUGAAGACAAACUAAAACAAUGA